AUGCAGUUCAAGGCCGUAGCGCUGAUGGGCUUGGCCGUUGUUGGCGCUGUCGCCGCAGCCCCUGCCGCCGUUGAGCGCGACAACGGUGCGCCCGCCGCCGACUGGGGUCUGCAGCCCAACAAGCAGUGGUCGUACAAGCGUGACACCGGCGCCCCCUCUGCUGACUACGGUAUCGACCCCAACAAGCAGUUCGCCUACAAGCGUGACAACGGCGCUCCUGCUGGUGACUGGGGUCUGCAGCCUAACAAGCAGUGGUCGUACAAGCGUGACACCGGUGCUCCCUCUGCUGACUAUGGUAUUGACCCUAACAAGCAGUUCGCUUACAAGCGUGACAACGGCGCACCUGCUGGUGACUGGGGUCUGCAGCCUAACAAGCAGUGGUCGUACAAGCGCGCCAACGGCGCACCCUCUGCUGACUACGGUAACGACCCUAACAAGCAGUUCGCCUACAAGCGUGAUAACGGCGCUCCUGCUGGUGACUGGGGUUUGCAGCCCAACAAGCAGUGGUCUUACAAGCGCGCCAACGGCGCACCCUCUGCUGACUACGGUAACGACCCCAACAAGCAGUUCUCCUACAAGCGUGAUAACGGCGCUCCUGCUGGUGACUGGGGUCUGCAGCCUAACAAGCAGUGGUCGUACAAGCGCGCCAACGGCGCACCCUCUGCUGACUACGGUAACGACCCUAACAAGCAGUUCGCCUACUAA